AUGACCUCUCCACCCCCAACAAACCCGGCAACAAGCGCAAAGUCCAACCCAAACGUCAAGACAAUCUCUAACCCUCGCCGCCUCCUAAUCCUCUCGCCAACCUCCCAAUCCAUCUCAAUAAUCCCUCCCCUCCUAACCUCCCUAACCGGCACACCCAUACAAAACCCACCGCUACAAAACACAAAAUCAACCCCGCCUGAUGAUGCAUCACCGAACCCCGAAACAUCACCACCAACCACAACCACAACCACAACUACAUUCGCCGGCUACACAACCCACGCCCCCCUAUCCCUCUCAACGAAAUACUACACAGCCGAGAUCCCACUCUGGGUAGAUGAAAUCCCUCUCGAAACCACACCCCAAACCUCCGAACCAGCAACAGAAACACCAACACAAACAGCAGAACAAUGGAAAACAGAAUUCCUAAGUCCAGAAGCUGAAAUCGUCCGCGAUGCAGUCGGCGCAUUAGUCGUAUGCGUACAUACUCCGCACAAAUCAAGCUCACCGGCUCCGAAUCCGAAUCCAGAUGCAGAUGCGCAAGCAGACGCAGACCCGGCUAAUCGUCCUGAUGUCCGCGCCCUGCUUACGUUAAUGCGGAAUAUUGGAGCUGUUAAGGAGCGGAUUGAUGAGGAGAGGGGUGGGGUUGGGGAUGUUCCUGGUGUGUUUGUUUUAGUUGGGAAGAAGAGUGUAUCAUCUGGACCUGGGUCUGGGAACCGCGAUGCAGAUGAAUUAGCUCUUGGUGUUGAUGAUGGCGAUCUUGGCGGUGAAGAUGUAACCCCGUUCUCGGUUGGGUGGUGGGAGGAUCAGUUUUAUGAUAUUGGGUUGUUGGGGUGGGAGGUUGUUGAGUGGGAUCCUAAGGGGGAGGAAGGGGAGACGAGGAAUAUGUAUGGAGAGCGAGAGGGCAUGCCUCGUAUCAAGGAGGUUCUUGAAACGCAUGACUGGUCUGCAUCUGGUGGAUCGGGCGGUCUUGGGUUUGAUGGAGAACAUGACCCAGAUAUGGACUCUGACGAUGAUCUCCAGGAUCAAUUGUUAGGUCUUUCAUCUGGGCAGACUCGUGGGUUUGGGGAUGAAGUCCAUGAGUUGGAGCGCGAGAUGUUUGGUUUGCGGAUGGCUAUUGAGCGGGGUGGGGGCGAUGGUUUUGAAAAUGAGGAGGAGGGCGGGAAUGGGGAUGAUGAGCUUGAUGUUGAGUCUAUGGAGGCAUUGAUGAUGCGCAUGCAGGCUAUUAAAGAUAUGAGCUCUGAAUUGCCUGAGGAUCAGCGCAAGCGAUUUGCAGCUAAGGCUGUGCAGGAUAUCAUGCGCGAUCUAUGA